AGAGAAUAACAGAUAAGCCUCCAUUCCCGCGUUCUAAUCUUUCAGCCCCAAAUACCUCAUCCAUAACAUUGAUACUCUUUUGCUCUCAGUACUGCACCUUAGUACCCAGAGAAAAACUAAUGAUUUCACUACGACCCUAUAACACAUGUCUUGAAACAACAAAGUUUCUCUUCAACCCUUCAAAGCUUGGAAUCUCUACACAAACAUGCUUGAUAGCACCAAGGAAGACAUCACGUAGAAUACAAGUGAAAUGCAGUGGUGCAGAAAACAAGGGUGAGAGACGAACGUUUUUGACACUGGAAGAAGCUGGUUUGGUUGAGAUAUCAGGUUUGAGCACACAUGAACGCUUUCUAUGCCGUUUAACGAUAUCGUCCCUGAACUUGCUAAGAGUGAUAUCAGAGCAAGAAGGAUGUCCAAUUGAGGAGCUCAAUGCUGCCAAGAUAUGUGAUUGGUUCCUCAAAGAUAAGCUCAAAAGAGAACAGAACUUAGGCUCUGCGGUUCUUCAGUGGGAUGAUUCAGAGUUCCAAUUUUAAUUAUCUAUUUAAUACUUUUUUCUUUCUAAGUCAUGAGUUUUUUGGGAUUAUGUUUAUCGAGAAAGGGGUGACACUUUUUUUCGGUAUUCGAUUCUAAAAUUCUUAUCGUAUAUGAUUCGGAUUGUUGAUGCUGCUCAGGUUCCCUUUUUAGAGUAUUUUCUCCUCUUCAUAGGUAUUGAAUUAAUUACAACUGUUGUAAUUUGAAGGACCUUUCCUGGUUUCAUGCCAUUGGGUUUCCAAAAUCUAAUCAUUCCUGUCAAGGUUUCUUA